CCCAUCACAGCCAAUACACCACCACCACCACCGCCGCCGCCAUCACCCAGCAGACUGCACCAUGGCAUCGCUGUCGCCCUCAAGGUCGGACGAGUACAAACCGGUCCGUCCCAACCCCGAGGACACCGAGAAGGCGAUCUUUGGUGACUCGGAGGAUGAAAGCGAUCUUGCCGAGAACUUUGGUUCCUCGGACGAGGAUUCAGAUCCAAAUGCCACAAUUGAACCUCCUCCCGCUCCUGCUGACUCCAAGGAGCUUGACGAUCUCGAUGACGCCGAGUACCAAAUCAAGAAGGCACCGCUGCCAAAGUUCAAGAAGAGAGAUCCAAGCGAGCUCCCAAAGACAGAAAAGGCCGCACGACGACGAAGCAAGUCGCAGAAAACUCGACACCACGACGAGAAUGAGAAGGAAGAGGAAGAAAGAGACCCGAGCAAUCCGUCAUCGAUCCGAGCUCGGGUGGACCGCGAGGUUGAAGAGAUUCUGUCCAAAAGCAAGUCGAAGCGAGCCAAAAAGGACGACGAUAGCGAAGACACCGCCAAAGACGAGCUGGCCGUAAAGCUUGUGGACCAAAUGAGGGACACGGCCUUCCAGGAUGUCGAAUUCAAUAGCAAGCGCCAGCCAGCCAUCGCCAAGCUCAAACUGUUGCCAACAGUAAAGGCGUUUCUAGCAAGAUCCCACUAUAUAAGUGAUUUGUCCGACAACGGGCUCCUCUCGAGUAUGAAGUAUUGGCUGGAGCCGCUUCCGGAUGGGUCGUUGCCAAGCUUGGACAUCCAACGCACGCUACUUGUUUUCCUUGAAACCCACGACUUUGAUAGGGGAUCGCUCGUAAGCAGCGGCAUCGGCAAGAUCGUCCUCUUUUACACCAAGUGCAGUCGGGUCAUACCCGAGCUGCAAAGAGUGGCGAACCGGAUCGUGGACAAGUGGAUGAGAUUAAUCAUUGGCUGUACCAAUGACUACCGAGACAUAGCCAAGACAUCGGUGCCUUACGAUGCGAAGGCUCAUAGCUAUUACGAAAGAGUGGAGGUAGAAGCCGGCGACGGUCCGAAAGGAAGCACAUCGACGGCCAUCACGAAUCGGGCCAGAAUACCGAUGCCAAUCACCCCCAAUUUCGAGUUUGUUCCCGAGUCCAAGCUCGGCGCUCCAUCGGAGAAGAGCAAGGCUCCGGAUCGUAUGAAGCGUAUCCUCAACCGUGUGAUGAACAGCAAGCGACAGGGGAAAACUCCAGGAUCCAAGCUCUCCAUCGAGGGGCGGAAAAUGUAAUGGCCCACACCCGCAAAAGAUUCAAGCUUGACCGAGAUCCCGGAGUGGCACAGCGAUGCGAGACUCGGUGGGAUGUCACAUUUGUAUCGGUGAUC